AUGAAUCAUGCAUCUGGAGCGGAGCGUGAGGAAGAAGAAAAGACAGUCUAUAAAAGCAACAAAAGAGGAGGUCAGGAGUGUGAGGAGAUGGAGGGCUCCUGCUCACAGCAGAAGGACCCUCUUCCACUGGACCUGAUCCUGUUUGUGAAUCCACAGCUCGUCACGGUCUCAGAGCCCGCUGUGUUCGCCGCUCGCUCCGCCGCCACCUCCUCAUAA